UGUUCCAGAGGGCCGGGGGCCAUUUGGGAGUAAGAAGAAUUUUCUUUUUAUCAGUUCCACCUUCUUGCCUGAGUAUGGAGAAUGCAAGAGGCAAGGAGCAGGGAGCCGACCCCGGGAGGUCCGGAGAAGAACACGGAGUGGACCGGGAGCCCGGCACAUCGUCUGCAAAGGGGAUAAAAAGGAGAAAACGUGUGGAAAAUGACAAAGAGGAAAAAGCACAAGACGGUGAGGCGCGAGCACCUCGUAAAAAGAUUCAAAUUCCUCCUCUCCCUCAAGAGCUGCCGCCCGUCACCCUGAUCCACCGGGACAUCCUGCGGGCCUGGUGCCAGCAGCUCAAGAUCAGCACCAAAGGCCAGAAAUUAGAAGCAUAUAAGCGACUCUGUGAAUCCGCUUACCCGCAACAAAAGCCCCAUUUGCAGAACAUUCCUAUUACAUCCAAGGAGGCCAGGGUCAAGUCAUCAGGUAAACAGAGGCAGAGGUCCCUGGAAGGUCCAAAGGGAAGAAUGUCUGCAGUGGGGACGGACCUUCCUGAGGGGGCCCUGAUCCCUGCAGGGCAGCUGGCCACCCUGCAAGAGCCACCUGCUCUGUACGAAGAAGUCAGCACGAGCAUGAUGACCACGGCUGCUCCAGAGUCAGUGCUGGCCUCCUGGGGCCGAAUUGCAGCCGGGGCCAGCAGAAGGGAGACAGUGCAGCCCCCAACAGAGGCCUACGGUGACAAGUGGUGCGUGGUGCACGGGUGCAGUCUCCCCGCAGACAUGGGGGGCUGGGUCCAGCUGCAGUUCCACGCGGGACAGGCCUGGGUGCCCGAAAAGAAGGGGCGCGUGAACGCGCUGUUCCUGCUGCCCUCCGGCACCUUCCCGCCACCUCACCUGGAGGACAACCUGCUGUGCCCCACCUGUGUCCGCAGGAACAAGGUCUUAGUUAAGAGCCUUCGAUGGGAUUAGAAAGAUAGGAUAAAGGGAACCUCUCUGAUGUUUUGGCUUCUUAAAUCACCUGCCCUCCUGGAGUGGUGAGUCUACAAAACUGCAAUGGGACCAAGACCAGUGGACACCCAAAGCCUUGUGCCCUUGAAGAUGCCCAGCUCACCGAGAAGCUGUUGGACCUCCCCCAGCAACUAUGCGGCUACAGGCGGCACCCAGGGAAACACCAACGCCCUCCACAGGGGCAUCUUUAAGCUCAGGAGGCGUCUCCUGCCUGAGGGGCAGACUGACUGGGUGGUGGGACAUCCGUGGGUCCCCAGCCUGCCUCGCCACUCCGCCAGCUGCAGCAGCUGUCCCAGCCCACCCUGCAGCCCAUUGAAAGACUUGGUCUCUACCCUCAAGCAUUCUGGAAUUGUCUGUUAGCAUGUAGAUUUGCAUUUGCUUUCUGUAAUUAUAAAAUAAUGUACUGAA